AUGAAUCCCCAGAACGAGCGGGAACUCCAGGACAAGAUCAGGGAGCUCGAACAAAAGAAUCAGCGCCAGCAGAGGCAAAUCGAAGAGCAGAAGGUCCAAAUGAUGCAGAUGCAAGUGCAAGCCGUGCAAGCGGCACAGGAUCCACGAUUUCCUCCAGGUCAGAACAGCUUUGGAGGCAGUUCCAGCUCCACUCGCCCGAAUGAGACGUGGAAGGUCGCGCAGGAGGCUAUGUCCCAGGCUUUGCAGAGCAGCCAUCCAGCAAGUUACAUUGGCGAUGGUGGCGGCUGGGUACCCGGAGGAGAACCUCCGAAGAACGCCCAGCCACCAGCGAUACCACCUGGUGAUACUGAACCACCUGGUCGCUGUGUGGAGACUUGUCGAUGUGGUCAGGUGGUGAGCCGUGCAUGGGAGGUGGAGAAGCCCUGGCUGAAAGACGAGGUUACUUGCGGCUUCACGGAUGGAUGUGACCUGCCAGGGCUAUGGCCAUCAUGGCUGCCAUUCAUCGCUUUGAAAGCUGCACCUACACAACAGGCGCUGGCGGCAGAAGUCGCGAGCAGGGUGCCGCUCCCUGCGCAUUUGCGCAUGCGAGCCCCGUGA